AUGCAAAACGUUUAUGACUACGAGGCUGACGAAAGCGAAGAAGCGACACUGUCUGAUUUGUCCACAGCAGCAUACAUCAGUUCGCAUUGGGUGCCAUCUGAUGCGGAGUCUAAGCUAAAGGCAGAUGUAGUCAUUUUUAAUAUUGAGCCUAUGCCUGCUUGGUCUGUUUCUGGAAACACUCGUUUUGCAACCGAUUUUGUGACUCCAGAUGUCAAAACUUUAGUAGCCCAGUGCUCGAAAGGUCAUAAUACUUUUCAAGAUGUUUUGGCUAUUUGCCAUGUGUAUCGAUUGAAUGAGCAUGUGCUGUACACUGAGACAUCUAGUGAGCUAGCUGAGGCAGAAGUAAGAGAGUGGACCGCCACUGUUCUUUCCAAUUUGUCUGUGCAAAAAGUCUAUGUUGUUGGGCUAGAUCUAACAGGAUAUGCUCCUGGAGUCGUAGCUUCUGGGUUAACAAUUCCCAAGGCACUGGUUAAAGGACUAUCGACACUAGGACUUCUUUUGCCUAAAUCUGACGGUGUUCUGCACAAGGCUGUUUUAGGGCUUGAAUCAUGCCAUGAUCUGUUGCAUAAAUUUCCCAUCGAUACAAUGUUUGAAGAUUCAAACCACAUCAUUCCAUCCACUGCUCUGUAUGUUUAA